CUCGACAAUACCCCGGCUGUCAUACGGACCCGUGACAUCCCCACACGACUCGUCCUGCCAGUCACACGGAGAAUUCGGAGACAAAAUGGUGUUCCUGGUAACCUUAAUGGUCUGUAUAGGCCUCAGUUUGGCACAGGAACCUUGUGUAAAGGAAUCAUGCUUGCUCCCGGAUUGCCGGUGUUUCUCCGAUACGGAAAUUCCGGGAGGACUCACAGCACAGGAAACUCCACAGAUUGUCACCAUCACUAUGGACUACACUCUGAAUAGCGAGUACGAACCUCUCUAUAACCAGAUAUUUGAGGCGAUCUCCAAUCCAAAUGGAUGUAGCUGUACAGGAACGUUUUAUAUCCAGGAUCUCAAUACUAACUAUGCCUUGGUGAAAUCGUUCGCUGAAAGGAACUUUGAGAUUGGAGUUAGCUCCCUUGACGGCACACUUCCGAAAACAUCGACUGAAUGGAUAGAUUUGAUGAAAUCCGUGAAAGACAAGAUUAUAAGUUCACCAGUGGACGAAAAGGAUAUAUAUGGUUACCGCGCCCCUCAGCUGGCCGCAGGGGGAGCCGACAUGUUCAUAGGAAUUUCCAACCAGAACCUGUUGUACGACGCCAGCUGUUCGACGGCGGAGUACGCUUCGCAGAGCACACUCAAGUGGCCAUUUACCUAUGAUUACGACUACGGGACGUUUACCUGUACAGGUGGACAAGCUGUGGAUUUAAAGUUUCCAGGUCGCUGGCAGGUGCUGAUCCCAGAGUUGGAUUUUAAUGGUCAAAAAUGUGCCACACCCCAAAGUUGUACCAAUGUAAUGACGAAGAAAGAUGCUUUUGACAUCCUCUACAACAACUUCGUCAAACACUUCGAUGGAAACCGAGCCCCUUACACAGUAGUUGUAGACCCCGUUUGGAUGAAGACGGACUUCAAACUAGAAGGACUGAUAGAGUUUGUGGAGUACGUCAGGGCGGCGUUUGACGAUGUCUGGAUUGUCAACCAGAUACAGGCCCUUCAGUGGGUACAGAACCCUACUCCCCAUUGCCAAUCUUUCAGAUUUCGAGCCAUGGAAGUGUACCUAAAUCUCUGCGCAUGUCUCCCGGCCUCGGUCUGGAAUGAAUCGUCCAAUCAACUUGUAUGACAGGACUGUUUGUCUCUUUAAAUAAAAUGGUGUUUUAUCAAUGUGA